GUGCAAACAGAUCCCUCUGGUCUUUAUAUUGCAACUAGUUGUUCUGACAAGAACCUCUCCAUCUUUGAUUUCUAUUCUGGCGAGUGUGUUGCAACCAUGUAUGGACAUUCAGAGAUUGUAACCGGGAUGAAAUUCAGUAAUGACUGCAAACAUCUGAUCUCUGUUUCUGGUGACAGCUGUAUCUUCAUCUGGCGUCUGAGCUCAGAGAUGACCAUCAACAUGCGGCAGCGACUGUCUGACAUGAAGCAGAGAGGGAAGCAGGCAGAAAAGUCUCCUCCACGCAAGACAGCUGGACUCAUGAGGCAUGAGUCCAUCUCUGCCCUGUCCUCUGUGCCUGCACUCUCAUCAGACAGCGACAAGGAUGGUGAAGACGAAGGGAAUGAUGAAGAUGAGUUACGUGGGCUGCAGUCUUUCCGUAUUCAGUCCAACUGUAACACAGAGAGAGACUCAGAUCCAGACCUUACUCUAUCAAGAAGCCUUUCCCAUUGGGAAAUGAGGAGGGCCAAAGAGAUAGCGGCAAUCCAGUGCUCAGAGGCACCGAUGAACAAGAUGCCCCGACAACGUGGGCGCUGGUCCCAGCCAACCAGCAACAUAGAGAUGACUGUGAAAUCCAUGCUUGACUUGCGUCAGUUGGAGUCUUUCUCUGUUUCCCGUUCUCCAAGUCGAGACUCACUGUCUCAAAACAGCACUGGAGAUGACAGAGAAGAGCAGGCAGAUCUUCCUGUGCACAUCAACAAAGUUGGCAGUUCAAUACCUCCCCAAGAUAACCGGACUUGUGUGCGACCCCAAGUGAUUCGGCUUGUGUCUUGUGAAGAGGGGAUUUUCUCUCAGGAACUGGAACCUUCUGAGAGUGAGGAGUGUGUAAUCUACCCUGAGCAAGAUGAAAUCCAUCCCACAGACCCUAGCAGUGAGUUCCAGGUAAAAGCUUUGCCCCAUGGGAAGCUAACUAGAGGUUAUCACAGUAAUGGAUGCCCAGACAAACACAGUCCUGACAGUGCCUGCUCUGUAGAUUACAGCAGCAGUCGUCUGUCCAGCCCAGACCAUCCAAAUGAAGAUUCUGAAAGCACUGAGCCUCUAAGUGUAGAUGGCAUCUCAGACCUGGAGGGAGAGGAAGGAGAGGAGGAUGUGGGUCCUAGCAUCCCAGAGGGAGAAAUCCCAGAGACACCCGAUCAGGAAAAGUUCCUCAAGCAGCAUUUUGGGACCCUGGGCAGCACAGAUGGAAAAGGUGGCUCAUGUAGGAAUCUGGAAAGAACUGAAAACCGCAGCAUUUCCUCUUGCUUUCUUUCCCAGUCCCCGGCUCUCAGACGAUUGUCACUCUCUUCGUCAAAUCUGAUACUGGAUUCAAAGCCCAUCGAGCCACCAACUCAGACCAAUCGGUUUACACCAGACCUGUUGAAAAAUGGCAGCAGCCAUCCUGGUGAUGCAUUGGAGAACAGUCAAUUCCUGGAGAGUGUAAAUUCAAAUCGGGCUGUUUAUGUCCAGAAAAGGCGCAGAUCAGCUUUGGAGGCCAGCAGAGUUGGUAUGGCUUCUGGACAGGUUAUUGCAUCCUUUCCAGAAAGCCCUGUGAAUGCAGUGAUGAGAAAGGCGCAGUCAGUUCACGACCUGGUUCAUGAGGAUAAGGGUCCUGGAGUGAUAUCCUCUGCCAAGCAGCGUCCUCAGACUCUUUUGGUGGUUGAGAAGGAUCCCAGACCUAACAAUUGCAGGGUGUUAUCAGCCAGUAUGUUGAAGAUGGAUGGAUCUGGUGCUCUGCUGGCCAAAGAUGUCAGGGCUGCAAAACCAAAGUCCUACAUGAACCCCACAACCAGCUUCCGGGCUAAGAUGUCAAGGAGCAUAUCUGUAGGGGAAAAUCUGUACCUUGGUUACUCCACCGAAAUGCUGACUGAUGGGAGGACUAGCCCUCCAGUGGCAGAGAAGACACAGUUUAAUUCCACAGCAGAUGCUGAGAAGAUUAAGCUACCAGUGAAAGAAAACGUUCCUGUGAAGCCAGCACUUCAGCCAGUUGUAAACUGCUCAUCUCCCAAGUCCUUCCACAGCAAGUUGGCAUCAUCAAACCGAGCACAUCUGAUUCUUGACAUUCCCAAGCCAUUGCCUGAUAGACCCACGCUGGCCUCCUUCUCACCCACUACCAAAACAAAAACCCUGCUUGAGCCACAGUCUCCACAGUCACCUGCUGGAGCCUGUAAAAAGAAACCCUCUUUUCCUGAGGUCCGAGCCUCCAAGAGGGAGAAUCAAACUGCUGGAUCUCUGGUUCCUGGUAAAGAGAUCCCAACAGGACUUGCUAAGGAGAGCCCAGUGGAGAGUCCAGUCUCAAGGACAGGUUGCCAGGAUGAGCAAGGGGUCACUAAUCCAAAACUGAGGGAGUUGUCAGAGGGCCAGCACAUAAGGUCUCCUGGGGGCGCACUGCCCAGGGGCAGGGAGAGGAUCACCGGCAUCGCCUGUGUGCUAGACAACCAACCUGGACUUUGCCCACUAGACCCCAUCAGGCCGAGGUCUCCUACAUCUAUAACUGCCUCGGCACAGGUCUCAGGUGUGCAUGGAUACCCAUCUCUUAUCUUCCCCCUUCUGUCUCCUGUCUUUGUGAACCGCCUCACGAUCCCAUCACAUUUCUUUACGUCCAGCUUCUGGCCUGUCUCGUCCUGUCUGCACCUGUCUCGUUCCAUAAGCCAUCCCCUCAAUGAACUGUGCAUCAGCGUAGAGCAGUGUGAGCACGUGGUAUCCGAGCUCCAGGACAGCAUGCGCAGAGCUAUUCGUCUUUACCGCAUGGUGUUAAAUGAUACGGAGUCUUCUACUGACAAAGAUAAAAUAGCAGGCCUCCUGACAGAAACAUUCUCCUCAAUGAAGAAAGAAUUGGACUCUCUGAAGGAUGAGGAAGAGCUUCCAAAGGUGAAGGAGGUACUGGCAAAGCCACAAGAUGCCACUAGCCCACUGAAUGAGGGAUGUGGUGCCAACUUACCGAGUCCCAAAAGUUUAGGAGAUGAGCAGACACUAGCUUUGCUGGAACAGUACUCAGAGCUAUUGCUACAAGCUGUGGAACGGCGCAUGGACAAAAAACUCUAA